UUGUCAUUCGUGUUAUAACAUUCAAGUCGUGCAGACGCAGCCGCUCCGUGUGCCGUGUGUUGCUUUCUGACUCGCGUUUGCGUACGUACAAUUAAAAAAACCGAAAAAUUAUAAGACAAAAAAAAACUAGACAGGAACUGUGCCAAGAGCAAUAUAUACAAAAAUAAAUAAAUCAAUUUCAAUUUGCAUUUAAACACAUGCAGUUUGCAAUGCUCGCCCCGCACGGUACGUGACUUUCUUGCCACCUGAUUUUCUGUGUUUUGUUUUUGUUUGUAUUUGGCAAAGAAGAAAUUGCUCAAGUGAAGCACAGAAAAGCAAAAUACAGCUGCAAAUAAAAAUUUGAAAAAAGAAAAAAGAAAGCAAAAAAUAAAAAUAAAAAAGUGAAGAUGCCGUCGUUUAUUGAGGUGCAACCCCUGGCGCAGCCAUUGACGACACUUGCGCGGCGCCCCCCCAAAUCCUCGCCCGAGGUUCAGUCCGUCAAGCGGAAGCUGUUCGAUUGCCGUCCAGGCAAUGAUAUCGACGCCAUGCUGGAGGCGGAAAACAAGCGCACAGAAAACUAUUUAAAUGAACGCUAUAAUAUUAGUAUCAAAAAACUGGAAACGGACACAACGCAAAUUUAUAUUGUCAAAGGCAUCGAAAUGAAAAAAUCGAUUACGAAAGUGCAAAAGGAGCCCAAUUUUGCUGCAGUUGCGCCGAAAAACGGACUCAAAAGAAUUUACCGCAUACGCAAGGGCUACAGUGGAGCUUCGAAAGUGCCAAAACGUAAAAGUAAUCAGAUCAGCAACAAGCAGACUACAACAGCUGAUAGCCAUAAUAGCGAAAUGGGGCAAUAAUUGAUAUUAUAAUAAUAUUAUAACAAAUUUUUAUUAUUUAAAUAAUUUAUGUUUUUUUUUUAUAUGUGUAUAUUUUUUGUUUAAACAAAUCCAAGACUUGACAGUUCAAAUUGUUGUUUAAGCUUUUGUUGCCAAGCCGUUUGCUUUGAAAAGAAAAAUAUAAUUGAAGAAGUAGCAGAAGAAGGAGCCCACACACACGCACACUCAAAAUAAAAAAAAAAAAUUAGAUACUAAUUAGAUAUCCUCCCCCCCCCUCCCCUCACAAUUUCAAAGCGUUCUCAGCGUGUUUCCGGCUUCUGCAGCACGCGUGUGCCGAAAGUAUUUACAAUUUGUCAUGAUCUCAAUAAAAAAACAAUUUAAAUUAUUUUGUCUAAAUGUAAUAUAAUUGAAAUUAUUUAAAACGAACUUACAAAUUACACAGGAGUUCUUGAAGUUCCACAAUUAAGUUCUUGUAUUUAUUAACAAUUUCGAUCAAUAUUACUUGUGUAUAAUUAUUACUAUUAUUAUUAUUAAUUCGCAAUACGGUAAACCAAAUUUAAACAUUAUUCAAUAAAACAAUGUGUACAUUGACAUUCGUUGGAAAGGAAAAA